AUGCCCUUUGACAAGGGUAAAAAGAGAAAAUUAAUCGACACAUGCGGGCAUGAGCGCUGUUACGCGUGCAUGUUUAGAAACGAGGCUUGCCCCAUCUGCGCCAGGAAUAGCCAAGGAAGACGGCAAGUGAUGGAGAGGUACACACCCUCGCCGCAAAGGCAGUUCGACCAGGACUGGCAGUCACCAAUGCGGUUGCCAAAGCCACCGAAACAGCCAUCAAGCUUAGCGCAAAGCUGCCCCACGCCACCACACACCAGAAGAAGAUUCUUUCUCAGCCCUAAAUCCCUCAGGAGCCCUUUCGGACAACGAGCAUCGCGACAUUCUCACGAAAACCACGUCCCGCUAUCCGGAUUACCAGAAGAAGGAGCGAGGAACGCGGCUUGGCCUAGCCUGGUAUUCAAUAAGAUCAGGUCUCUAUGGUCAACACACUCAUCCGUACCGCAGGGAUUGAACCAGUUGACAGAUGACGAGGGCGGUCACAUCAAGCAGGGCUACGAAUCCAGGCGGCAAAAUGACCUGUACAUGCGGCUGGGUCUACUCCUGGGCGAGAGACGAAGUUCCCGUAACAAGUCGCGGGACAGCUGCACGUCCCUAGCUUCCCUGGAUGCGCAUACCCUAGCUUCGCAUAACACUAGCCCGGUGUCUACGCUAACUGGCUCUUCGGAAGUAGACGCGGCGACGCCUCUAGGUCGAGAAUCGCUUGGAUCCCUGGCUUCUAUGUCACUAUCGGCUGCAAGCAAUUGUUCAUCAUCAAGUCCCGGGAGCAGACGACAUUCUGUCAAUACCCUACAAAGUCGGCCGGAGGAGUUAACUCGCAUGUCGAGUGGGUUCUUCAAGAACCGCAAAACGGCCGCACGGCGAUCCGCAAGGGUCGGCAGCAGCAAGUCCUCCACUUCCUCCGAACUUAAGAAAGUACACCCAGAACCGCAACUAAAUCUUCGACCGCUUUUCUUCGAAGUGCCAUCGACUGACAAUCAAGAUUGUUUCUCCGGUAGACAGUGGCUGUUGAAAGAUAUGGAGAAGGCCUUGGAGUCUACUUCACCAGGCAUCCUAAUAUCAGGCAGCCCAGGCACCGGCAAGACUGCAUUAAUCCUGCAACUAGUGGAGCACUCGUGCUUCGGCAGGAAACGAAAUUUCGAAUACGAGGAGUUGAGGGAGCAAUCGGACAUGGGUGAAAUUCUACCGGAGGAAUUGGUAGAGGGAAUGUUCACGCAUCUUGCGUCCCAAGUCGUCGCUUAUCACUUCUGCCAGGCGGACAAUAACAGCACUUGCUUAGUUGGCGAGUUUGUGCACUCGCUUGCUGCACAACUGUGUCAAGCACCCAGACUACAAGCCUAUAGAGAAUACUUACUCAGCGAACCACAUCUGCUGGCCUGCCUUUCGCUUAAAGAAUGCAUAGCUGACCCAGAUCUUGCCUUCAUAAGGGGCAUCAUAGAACCCUUAACAAUACUCCGAAAGAACGGAAGCAUAGAUUCCACCAAUGGAAUCAUCCUGGUCGAUGGACUAUGCGAAGCAGAGUACCAUAGACCGGACCAUGGUCACACCAUCGCGUCAUUCAUAGCGCGGCAUAUAGCGGAGAUGCCGACAUGGCUAAAAAUUGUCACAACAGUGAGGACCCAGUUCCUGGAGCUUACCAAACAACUUCCAUACACGAGGCUGAGUCUAGACGAGUCCGAAAAUGUUCACAAGGAUCUGCUCAAGUAUUUCAAUGUGAGAUUGCAGGCGGCGCCUAUUAUAGAAACAAACAUAAAAUGUUCGACAGGGAAAUCGGAAGGCGCUCACAAUUCGGUGAUGAAAUUCGCACAAUACGUCCUCCAUUUGAGCCAAGGCUCGUUUCUGUUCCUAAAGCUAAUCCUUGAUCUCCUCGAAAGGAGUCAUAUAGUUGUUAAAUCGACUAACUACAAAGUGGUCCCUAUUUCCCUGGCGCAGAUAUUUCUGCUGCAGUUCAAUCUACGAUUCCCAACUGUCCAGUCAUUUGAGAAAGUGACCCACAUCCUAAGUGUUUGCUUAGCCGCUUUAUAUCCAUUGACGCUGGUCGAAAUUUACUACUCGGUCAACUCUCUGCUUGUGGACACGUUCCUGCCUUGGGACGAGUUCUGCCAUCGCUUCGACUCACUCACAGAUUUCCUCGUCAAAAGAAUUGACAACACAUAUAUGUUCUUCCACCCGUCGUUCAGGGAAUGGUUGAUACGGCGUGAUGAUAAUGAGAGCCCAAAAUUCCUCUGCGAUUUGAGAGCGGGUCACUGUAGCAUCGCGUACCGGCUAUCCAGGGUACAGGCGCCUUUGGACCCGGAGAAGACGAUGGAGCUGGGCCACCAUAUUUUAAAAGCUCAUAUGUAUAGAAAUCUGGGUCCAGCCCAGUUAGGACUUUGCCCAAGGGACCUGCAGGCGAUGAUGGUGGCGACUAGUUCGGCGAAUGUCGGUGAAGCGAUCGCCAACUUGAGGAAUAUCUAUACGCCAAAUGUAAAGGUGUCACGAUUGAUGCUCCUUGCUGGUGGUUCCCCCAACCAGAUCACGGAAUGCCUUGGAAACGCACCGCUUCUGUGUAUGUACGCUUACCAAGGGAUUCUGUCGAUGGUGGGAUUGCUGAUUGAGUUCGGAGCUGAUUUGGAGAUGACGAACUCCCAAGGCUGUUCCGCACUUUCUCUUGCGUGCCAGAGAGGACAUACAGAUGUCGCGAAGAGACUCAUCGCUGCUGGUUCAUCCCUCAGUCACACUGAUACUGCGGAACAGACGCCAUUGGUGCACGCUGCUAAGAACGGCCAUCGCGAUACAGUUAUAUACCUGCUGGGUUGCCAGACUGGUAGAGACGACAGAAAUUCCAUAGAAAUAGAUGAUGGCAACAUCGAGCAACUCGUGCCCGGCUCGAGGCACGCCCUCAUAGCCGCGGCGCAAAACGGACAUUUGGACAUCGUUGAAUAUCUGCUGGACACCGCUGAGUUGAUCCCCGACGGGAUCUGUCCGGUGACCGGUGAGACGGCCCUGACGGCCGCCUGCUGCACCGGCAACGCCGCCAUCGCCGACGCGCUGCUCGUGCGCGGCGCCACGCCCUACUCGCUGAACGCGCGCCAGAUGUCGCCACUCGCUUUAGCGGCGAAAAACGGCCGCAGUGCUCUCGUGCUGCGUCUUCUGGACUCGGGGGCUGACGUGAUGGGCUCCGGUGGCAAGAACCCACUCAUACUUGCCGCUGCAGAAGGACACGCCGAUGUUGUAGAGAUGCUCUUGGCCCAUGGUGCCGAUCCGGACGCGACUGAUGCUGAUGGUAUAUCAGCACUUGGCUGGGCGAGUCUUCGCUCCAGAAUCCCAACAAUCAUGGUCUUACUUGACAAGGGCGCUUCUAUCGAGCAAACUGACAACAGCGGGCGUACGGCGCUUGCGCUAGCGUGUGGUGGGCCGGCAGAGCUCGCCGAGCUGCUGCUGGAGCGCGGCGCCUCGCUCGAGCGCGUCGACCUCAGCGGCCUGCGCCCGCUCGACCGCGCCAUCGGCCAGCGGAACGUGCCCGUUGUGCAUUGUUUCCUGAGGAAAGGAGCUAAGCUUGGCCCAACUACGUGGGUUAUGGCGUCAGGCAAACCAGAAUUUAUGCUAAUACUGCUGAACAAGUUGCUGGAGGACGGGAAUAUGUUGUACAGGAAGAACCGUCCGUCGGAAGCGGCCCAUCGCUACCAAUACGCGCUGAAGAAAGUGAACCCGCUGAUCAGUGAUGAAGGAGUCAGCACUCCCUCAACACAGCCCGUGCCUCACGAACACGUAUCCGCCUUCGUCCAGCUGAAGACUAACCUGCUGCUUAAUUUGUCCAGGUGUAAACGGAAAUUGAACGAACCAUCAGAAGCGUUAGACUUAGCGGCUCGGGCAUCCGUUCUGAGACCGAACGCGUUUGAAUGCGCAUACGCAAUGGCCCGUGCUAUUCUCGCACUCAACAAACCCUCGGAAGCGUUACCACACGCACGCAGGGCUUUGCUGUUAGCGCCACCCACAGACCUAUCCGCCGUUCGAACCCUAAAAUCUCUCCAACAAGAGAUUCUCACAAGGAUCAACGUUGGCUCCCACAGUUUAAACGGCGAUAACCGAUCUAUUAGGAACUUUGACAGUAUCAGCCUUAACAUGCCUUGA